AUGGAGCUGGUCCCGCUGGACAAAACUGCCUCGUCCCCGCCAACCUGCAAGCCCCAUGUCCAGACGGCAUCGGCCAAAUGCAUCCCUCUGCUAGCCGCAACCGCGUCGUAUCUCCUCGUCGGCUUCGUGGUGGCGCUCCCGCUCGUCUUCAUCGGGCUGCCGCGGCUGUCGAUUGUGCGGUUCGGGGCGUGCAUGGACGGCAACUUCAGAAUGUCGGACAUCAACAGCCCGUUCGACGUGCGCACCGCCUUCGCCGUCUCGCUCGGCUUCGGCCGCCUCGAGUUCGCCGUGGCCAAGGGCAUCGACGUCGUCUUCGACCUGGUCGUCGGCCGCGGCGGCCAGUUCCUGCUCGCCUGGCUGACGUAUCCCGUCUUCACCAGGGCGCUGCUCUGCUCCAUGGAGACGCGGUCGGCGUCGUACGACUACUUCGCCGCCAUGGCGUUUGAGACGGUGUCGGUCUCGACCAUGGCGCAGAUCUCGCAGAACAUGACGCGGCGGGAGAAGGGCAAGAGGAGCUCCCGGAACGCCUUCGUCUGCGUGGGCCUGCUGUUUGCCAGCCUCUACGUGCUUUCGUUUCCCACCCUCGCGAGCGCCGCGACGGGGUACAGCACCUCGCAGGAGCCGCAGAUGACGCUGAAAGGCGGCCAGAACACGACCGCGUCGUGGGCCAAGUUCGCGGCGUGCGAGUACGUCAUCGAAGACGGAGACCGGCUGCCGGAUGGCAAGAAAGGGCAGUGCAUCACGGCUUCUGACUCUCUGUACAAGAGCGUGCUGGAAUACACCAACCUCGUCAACCGCGGCGUUCUCAAGUCGACCGACGCGAGCAGUUUCAACGGCCAUAGACUGCAACCGCCCCCGCUCCAGUUCUCCGUCAGACCCGGUUACAGCUACGGCGACGAAUUCUACCCCAACGCCUACUGCGAGGAGUUUGGCUUCUGCAAGCCGGUAAACGAUGUCUACCGAUGGGGGUUCUCGUACCUCCUGCUCUUUGUCAUCGUCGUCUUGACCUACGUCUGGGCCGGCGUGCUCGUCGCGCUGCAUGCGUACACGAGGCGGAAUAGUAGGCUGGCCCAGGCGGGAAGGGGGCUGGGCUUGUAUCGCGCUGUGCUGGAUUUGGCCAAGGCGAUACGCGAGGAGCUGGGAGAGGAGGCCCAGGUGCUUUCGAAUGAGGUGUUGCAGAGCAGAUUGGCCGAGGCGAGUGAGGGGCUGAGAUAUCAGGUUGGCGUGCUGGAGAGGGAAACGGGGACGGAGCAGGGGAGAAGGCUGCUUUCGCCGGUGGCUGAGGAGGACCGAGAAAGUGUAGAGUAG